UUGGUGAUGCACAGACAUAAUCCCCACAAGCUAAUGAACUAUCAAGUGGGAUUAGAGCAGCACAGUAAUCCCUGCAUGGAUCUCCCCACUUUUUCACCACCUCGCCUGACAGACUGAGAAACAAAUCAACACAGGCGGAAGCAGAGAGAUGGAGAGAAUAAGGGGCUGAUGGAUGGAUGAAGAAGAGUGAGGUUUACUUUUGGACAACCCUUAUAAAAAGCAAAAUCCACUUGGAAGGGAAAUUGAAUACUUCAGUGGAUUUGUGGAUUAAUUCAGUGUGGAUUUGUGUUUUUGUGUCUGGCACAUCUGUCUUCCGAUCCUCUUGCAGCCACCAGUGUGAAAGAAAGGUGACACUCCACCAUGGAUAUCGGUGGUCUGGAGAACGUGGUGGCCAACUCGGCCUACGUGUCAGCGCGAGGCAGCGUGGAUGGCAAUGCCGCGGCCUCCAUGCGGGACAAGAAGUAUCGCGCCAAGCUCGACCUGCCUCACAUCAAGAAGUGUGAGCACAUGAAGACCACCGUCGACUUGACCUUCGACAGCAUGUGCGUGAAGCAGCCCAUCGGCAUGCGCCUUUUUCAGCAGUACCUGGACAGCGAACCCGCGCACAUGAACGCCAGUGACCUCUGGAAGGACAUAGAGGACUACAACGUGGCCCAGGAGAAGGAGAGGCAGCAGAAGGCCCUGAAGAUCGUGAACAAGUUCUACGAGUCGGCCUCCAAGAACUUCUGCAGUUUCCUCGACGAGAAGGCCGUGAGCCGCGUCAAGGAGGACCACAAAAACACGCGCAGCGACCUGUUCAAGGAGAGCGAGAAGCUCCUGCUGAAGCACCUGGAGGAGAAGGCCCACGUGGGCUAUACGAUCAGCAUGUACUUCCUGCGCUUCGUGCAGUUCAAGUGGCUGGAGGACCAGGCCGUCUCAGAGGACUGGUUCAACGAGUUCCGAGUGCUGGGCAAAGGAGGUUUUGGAGAGGUGUCCGCCUGCCAGAUGAAGGCCACUGGGAAGAUGUACGCCAACAAGAAGCUGAAUAAGAAAAGGCUGAAGAAGCGCAAAGGGUAUGAGGGGGCCAUCGUUGAGAAGCGUAUCCUGGCCAAAGUGCACAGUCGCUUCAUCGUGACACUGGCGUAUGCUUUUCAGACCAAGAACGAGCUGUGUCUGGUCAUGACCAUCAUGAACGGAGGAGACCUCAGGUUUCAUAUGUAUAACGUGGACGAGAAGAACCCAGGCUUCAAUGAGGUUAGGGCAUGCUUCUACACAGCUCAGAUCAUCUGUGGUCUUGAGCAUCUCCACCAGCACAGGAUCGUGUACAGAGAUCUGAAGCCUGAGAAUGUCUUACUGGAUGAUACAGGACAUGUGCGUCUCUCAGACCUGGGUUUGGCUGUUGAACUCCCCCCAGGACAAGACAUGACUAAGGGAUAUGCAGGAACCCCAGGCUUCAUGGCCCCUGAGCUGAUAGAGAAUAAAGAGUAUGACUACACUGUGGACUACUUCACCCUGGGGGUCACCCUCUAUGAGAUGGUCGCUGCCAAAGGUCCUUUUCGGGUUCGAGGAGAGAAGGUAGAGAACAGCGAGGUGUCUCGGCGCAUCCUGAAGGACCCAGUGUCCUACCCAGACAAGUUCAGCAAGGAGCUGAAGGACUUCUGUGAGGGCUUAAUGGAGAAGGACCCAGCCAAACGUCUCGGCUUCAAGAACAACGAAUGCACAGAGCUCAAAAACCAGGCCUACUUCAAAGACCUCAACUGGGGACGACUCGAAGCAGGCAUGGUAGAUCCUCCGUUCGUCCCUGACCCUAAGAUGGUGUAUGCCAAGGACGUGGGCGACGUGGGCGCCUUCAGCACGGUCAAAGGCGUGCUCCUGGACAACAACGACACCGCGUUCUACGACGACUUUUCCUCGGGCAACAUCCCCAUCCCCUGGCAGGAGGAGAUGAUUGAGACGGGCGUGUUCGGCGAGCUCAAUAUCUGGGCAGAGAAAGGCAAGCUGCCCGACGACCUCAACCCAGACUAUAUCCCCAAGGCGGGCGGGGCCUGCAUACUGCUGUGAGCCAAUAGGAAGGGACUAAGUCGAGGUGAAAGGGAAAGACAAAGAGGAGGAAAUGAACAA